AUGGGUGCUGUUGAAUUGUGGGAGCUGGAUGAGAAUGAGACACUCAUUGUCAGCAAGUUCUGCAAGUAUAAGCAUUAUGACAUCAUGUCUACAGUCAGUGUGCUGAGCUCUGGCACACAAGCUGUCAGUGGUAGGAAAGACUUCUGCAUCAAGGUUUUGGACCUUGCUCAGCAAAUGGUUCUGAAUUCAUACCGAGGCUGCAGUGCCUCUGGCUACCUUCCCGCCUCCCUGGCUUGGCAUCCUCAGCAGAGUGAAGUCUUUGUCUUUGAAUGCACUCCACCAGCCACCAAGGCCUGGUACAACCCACCAGUGACACCCGGAAAUGAAGUUUCCUGUGCCAGUAUCGGUGGAGACAACCCACCAGUGACACCCGGAAGUGAAGGUUUCUAUGCCAAUAUCAGUGGAGACAGCGGCAGUGGUGGAGAAGGUGGUGGUGAUGGAGGAAGUUGUGGAGGUGACGGUGAUGGGAGCAGUGGAGGAGGUGAAGGUUUCUGCACUGGUAAAGCAGAUGGCAUUUAUAGCAAUCCUAAAGACACCACCAAGUUCCACCAGUGUGUUGGAGGCAAGACCUUCCACUCCCAGUGUGCUCAGGGUCUGGUGUUCCACCAGAACUGCAAGUGUCGUAAUUGGCCUUCAAUUCAAAAUGUUGGAAAAAUUCUACUUUGUCACAAAUUCUCUUGUGCUGCAUGUCAAACUUAAUCUUCCAAUACUCCAUGUAGUCUACAUAUUAUAUCAAUCUAUCUGUCAAUUUGGAAGCCCUA